AUGGCACCAGAUAAGGAUCAACUGAGGCAGCGUAAAAUUGGAACAUCCCUUCGAACCAGCGACAAUAAUGACAGCAAUGCGACCCAAGAUCGCACUGCCACAUUGAAGAGCAUUCGACCCAACGAAGUUGUUAUCCAUGGAGUCAUUUACGACAUUCAAGACUUUGAUCACCCAGGUGGCGAGACGAUUUACAUAUUUGGUGGUUCCGACGUAUCUAAUCAUUACGAAAUGAUUCAUCCAUACCACACUUCCAAACACUUGGAAAGACUUAAGAAAGUGGGGACUGUCCCAGAUUAUACCAAUGAAUACAAGUUCGACAGUGAGUUUUCCAGAGAACUCAAGCGGGAAGUAUUCAAAAUCGUUCGAAGGGGGAAAGAAUUCGGCACUACUGGCUACUUUGCCCGAGCGAUCUUUUACAUUGCCCUCUUCUUUACCUUUCAAUUCUUGUGGGUGACUCAGGGCACCUCACUUCCAUUGGCCAUUGCCUACGGUGUUGCGCACGCCCUCAUUGGACUCAAUGUUCAACACGAUGCCAACCAUGGUGCUGCAUCUAGAAAGACGUGGAUCAAUGACUUGCUCGGCUGGGGAGCCGACUUCAUUGGAGGUUGCAAGUUCCUCUGGAUGGAGAAACACUGGCUCCACCAUGUAUACACCAAUCAUAAGCAUGACCCUGACGGUAUCGGUGCGGAACCAUUUCUUCUAUUCAAUGACUAUGGUAUAAACAGCGACAAGCGCAAGGCGUUCCAUGCCUACCAGGGCUUUUACAUGAUUCUUGUCGUUUCAGCCUAUUGGCUAUCAUCUGUUUUCUGCUUUGGUGAAGUGUAUCGGUUGCAGGACAGUGGUGCUGGAGCUGUUGGUUUUACUUUUCCCAACCCUUGGGUCGCCAACAAGGGAAAAUAUGCCUUGGCCAUGCGUAUCAUUUACCACAUUACGAAUCUGUGGAUCCCGCUUUAUCUCGACUUUUCGUGGGCGACAGUUGGCCACAUUUACAUCAUGGGCGUUGCUGGAUCUCUUACUCUAGGGAUGCUCUUUACUCUGAGUCACAAUUUUGAAAAUGUCGAACGCGAUCCCACUGCGUCGAUGAGAACAAAGGGAGAAGCAGCCUGCUGGUACAAGUCUCAAGUUGAGACUUCCUCCACCUACGGGGGUGCCAUUGCGGGAGCUCUCACCGGUGGACUCAACUUUCAAGUGGAGCAUCACUUGUUCCCCCGCAUGAGCUCGGCAUGGUACCCCUCCAUCGCUCCCAAGGUGCGAGAGAUUUGUGAAAAGCAUGGCGUGCGAUAUACUUACUAUCCCUACGUUUGGCAAAAUAUGAUUUCCACCGUGAAAUAUACACACGCCAUUGGAAAUGGACUGUCUCACUUGAAGGCCAAUCCGUUCAAGGGAGAAACUUAA